GGUGUCUUAUCACAUCAACAAUGUAUUAUUAACACUAACGGAGACGAAGUUGAUUUUACUGAUGCUGUACCUUAUAUAAGAACAUCAGCAUAUCCAAUGGAAGAUGAAAAUGCUGUGUCUGUACAGGUUGACAUCUACGAUAUCCCAGAUAUUAAACCUUGUAAAUAUCCUAAUAGAUUGCAUCAUGACCCCAUGGAAAUUACAGUAGGAAGUGAUACAGAAC